AAGUGUAAAUAUUCCAAGUGUUUUUAAAUAGAAAUUUUUGAAAAUUUAAAUUUCAAAAGAUAAUUAAUUCAAGCCUCGCCAUGCGGUUACACCCGUGUCAAGGUUUGUGCCAAAGCAAAAUGAAAGAAUCUUCCAUUGUAACCCUAAAUCCAAUGUCAUUGCAUCUUCCUGAGAUAUCAAUUAAAUAAGCACAACAACUGAGAACUCCGCAAAACAAAAAAAAAAAUCAUCAGAAAUUUAAACAAAUAAUUCCUUAUGCGGUGGAAAAUAAUGCCAAUAAACACAUUUUCCUUCCAAAAUCCUAAAAUUGUGCCAAAUUUAACCAUCAAAAAAGUAUAAUUCCCAAAUUGUGCCAUCAAUUUCAAAUUCGCAAUAAAAAGAGAAAAGAGUAGUAAAAAAAAUCCGUUGUAUUGUAACAACUAUGAAUUAAAUUUUUUGCAAGUGUUGUGAUACAACCAAGAACGGAAACGGAAAAAGUGAUACAAUAGCAACCAUAUUAGAAGCCGAACAUACGAACACAUGCCGCCGCCUCUGCAAUAUGCCCAACAAAUUGUGUCUAUAGCAAAAAAGAAAUCAAAAAAUAGAAAAACCGCAAAUAAGGCCACAAACUCAAUCAAAAUAAAAUUCCGGUAAAAACCGUAAGAAAAUUGAAGUUAUGCAACAUAAUAUUUGUCGUUUUUGCUAUGCCGCCGCAGCAUUGUGUUUGAAGCAACAACAACCAAAGACGACCACAGCAACCGCAUCCCCGGCAGCCACAUCAAUAGCCAAUACAAAGACGACGACCAACCAAAUUAAACCACAUCCAAAUCAUAAUCCAAAUUCAAAUCGAAAUCUCGGCAACAGCCUAACGUCAAUAACAACAACAACGACAACAACAGUUGCUGCUAACAAAGUGUUCGUCGCAUUGGCCGCCGCAUACCACAGACAAAUGAAAAAUCUUCUUCUAAAUGAAGAAUGAAGAAACAAAAUGUUCGCACGAUAUCCCUGAUCGUGUGCACAUUCACUUAUCUACUCGUGGGAGCCGCUGUAUUUGAUGCCCUUGAAUCGGAAACGGAAACUCUACGUUGUGAAGCUCUUCAAGCUGUCGAAAAUAUGAUUAUUGACAAAUAUAAUAUAUCUGAGGAGGAUUUUAAGGUAAUGGAAACGGUUGUAUUAAAAUCAGAACCACACAAAGCCGGAAAACAGUGGAAGUUUACAGGUGCAUUCUACUAUGCGACCACAGUAUUGACCACAAUUGGUUACGGUCAUUCGACCCCAAGCACAAUUGGUGGCAAAUUAUUUACCAUGUGUUAUGCAAUUGUAGGCAUACCACUGGGUCUGGUUAUGUUUCAAAGCAUUGGAGAAAGAGUAAAUAGACUGAGCAGUUUUGUUAUACAAGCUGUGAGAAAAUCAUUGCAUUGCAAACGAACUGCCGCCUCUGAAGUAGAUUUAAUAUGCGUUGUUACAACGCUUAGCUCCCUGACGAUAGCCGGUGGUGCAGCGGCGUUUUCCAAAUUUGAAGGUUGGAGCUAUUUCGAUUCAGUAUAUUACUGUUUUAUUACUUUAACUACAAUAGGUUUUGGAGAUAUGGUAGCUUUACAAAAAGAUAAUGCCCUUAAUACUAAACCCGAAUAUGUUAUGUUUGCUUUAAUAUUCAUAUUAUUUGGUUUGGCCAUUGUGGCUGCCUCUUUGAAUCUUUUAGUCCUUAGAUUUGUCACCAUGAAUACGGAGGACGAACGACGUGACGAGGCCCAAGCAAUGCAGUUCAUGACCAAGUCCAAUUUUUGGACAAACGAGGCUCUCCAAGGCUCUGUUAAGUUGGAGGGUGAUGUUAUCACUGCAAAUGGUUCCAUAUUAAGCGGCUAUGAAGGUCAUGAUGGUCAAUCGUAUAGUGGAUCAAAUUUAUCCUCAAUGUGUUCAUGCCGUUGUGCAUGUUUUAGUGCAAAACGGCAUAAAAGGCACCAAAUGAAAGGAAGACGUUCACCAUCUUCGCACAUGCGUCAUCUAUUACCCGAAGUUGUUCCAAUGCAAGAUUUAGGCUUUGACAGCCACAGUCUGAAUCACGCUUUAGACGGUGUCGAUGUCGUCGAUACCAGUUCGUAUCCCCAACCUCAAUUACUUAAGCGGAAUGUAUCCUUAUUAUCAUUUCAAUAUAACAUUUAAGGUAACCUAAGUUUAUUUUCUAUAAUUUAACAAUAACCUGUAUAUGAUGAUACUUUUAAUUAUUUCAAUGACUAUUUUUUGCAUUAACGAACAAUAAUGAAAUGUGUCAUUCACGUUGAUCAUAUUAUUUUCGAUAAGAAGGAAGAACAAACAACUAUCAUAACUAUUUAAAAAAAAAUAAUAACUUAAUACAAAAUUUAAGUUAAAUGAAAAAAAAAAUAAACCAAAUUUAAAAAAAAUGAAACUGUAUACAAGGGAACAAAACAUUCGAAUAUUAUUCUAAAGCAUAUUUGAAAUUACUAAAUUACUUUAUUUUUCAUAAACUUGAAAGAAGAAAUACCUACAUACAUAUACACAUAAAAAACAGCUUAUUUGUAAUAAUUUAAAAAGAAAAUUAAUUUUUUUAUUAUUUUUUCUCAUUUAAAAAUAUUUAAUUUUAACAAAAUAAACCACUGCCAUUCCCUCUGAAAAAGAUUAUAAAUCUAAACAAACAAACAAAAAAAAAACAAAACUAAAGUUAUCUGAAUAAAAAAGACAAAACAUAGUGAGAACCAUGUUUUUUAAAGAAAGACAUAAAACGCAAUCACUGUAAGCCAAGCUGUCUUUAAUACUCUCUACGAGUUUAGUUGGCAACACUGUUAUACUAACGAAAUUAGUUUAAAAUUUGCACUUAUUGCUUUCGCAUAUGCUUUUUACUAUUUAUAAUAAUUUAUUAUUAAGAUUAUCUAAGGAAUGUAAAAAAAUUCCGAAUUUUUUUAAUCACAAAUUUAUUUUCAUAUUUUUAAUUAAGAAAUAAUUUUUUGAAAUCAAACAUUCAGCCUUUCUCCAGAGUCCCAAAUCGUGCAAAUCAUUUCAGUAGAUCAAAAGUUAUAGUCCCUUGAAGGUAAGAGAAGAGGAAAGUGGUCAACUGUGAUACCCUGUAUCAAAGAUAUAGAACAACAACCCCAUUUUUCUGAAAGCUUUUGUCCUCCUCUACUGAACAUUUUUUACCGCAUAGAUCACCAGAUAAAAAGUUGUGGACUUAUUUCCAUUUUUUUCGAGGUUUGGCCCACUGUGCGUCAUCUCGCUAACUGUCGCCAAUAAAAUUGUUCCCACUAGUUUCGAUUAAGGUCGUCAAAAAUAUCCAGUGUGCUUUUUUUAGUGUUCUCGUUUUUGCAAAUGAAUAUUCCAUUACGGAACUGGGGCAAACUUCUCACAUAUCACUGAGUGCUGUCCGAUUGAAAUUUCAAGCUCAAUGUUAAGGGACCUCCUUUUUAUAGCAGAGUUCGAACGGCGUACCGCAGUGCGUCAACCUCACAAAUGUCGCCAGCAUUAGAAGGGGAUUACCACUGCUGAAAAUUUUUUCUGCUGUUCACGCCAGGAUUCGAACCCAGGCGUUCAGCAUCAUAGGCGGACAUGCUAACUUACCUAUGCGCUUAUUUGUUUUGUAAAUACGGGGGAUACCAAUUUUCAUCGAUGUUGGUGUCUUUUAUUUUCGAUCAUUUCUUGUUUUGUGAAUGUCGGGGAAUCCCAAUUUUGGGAUUUGUAUUAGAAUGAAAGUGUCUACACCUCGAGCGAAACUUUCGGUAGCAAAUACAUGGUGACAAAAAACUAUGCAUUCGUUUGGCCAAUCUGCCACACUUUCUUGCUGAUGAAGUACGAAUAUGAAUUUCCGAUCGGCAGUAUCCAUAGAUAACACAAACUCCGCUGCUAUAGCCACCUCUGCUUGAACAAUUCUGCAAUCAUCCUUCAUCCGUAAGGAGACGUUGAUAUCGAGUUCACUGCAAUAGAUACCACCCCCUGUUCCAUUUUCCAUCUUUGGUUCAUCCGUAAAACGUUAAUGUCUGAAAAUCUAACCCGCCUUUUCUGCCACUCCGACAGGAUAGGUAACCUUACUUCCAGUCCCUUAUUCACCACGUCCAUUCCGAUCUGAAAGCCUCAGAGACCCCCGUGGUACUAUUCAAUAUAAGUAUAUGUAAUGCCGGAGACCGGCGAAAUAAGUCAAGCUGCGUCAGUUUGAGAGGAGCCCUCUGCGCGGUUUCCUUUACAAAAAAGUUCAUAGGCUGAAUUAACAACAUAACCUCCAAUAAUAAUAAUAAUAUAUCCACCUGUGGCGCCGAACGCCUAGGAUCAUAUCUAGGCGAGAACUAAUGCUGGCGCCAUUUGCAAGGUAUUUAACCAAGCAAAAGGAACCUUCUCUACGCAGUGGUGUCGCUAUGAUGACGCUAGAGGCAUUCCAGUUGAAGAACCCCAGGGCCACUCUGUCCUCUAGCUUUGAUCCAUCUGUUUAGCAUGAUCUUCCAGUCCAAGACUGUGCCGCUGGCAGCAGCGCAUCGCAAUCGACCACUAGUGUCUUCUUAGGUAACCGAUCGGAAACUUUUUCCAUUCCUUCCAGGUUUCCUAUCGUUGCCUCGAUUAUAUCACAAUGGUAUGACUUCCUCCUAUUCUCUAUCCAUUCUCCCAUCGCAGUGGCUGCCUCACACUUAAUCUGUAUGUGUAUGGGUCAACUAUCUAUAAUAUUCUCCAGUGCCCUAGUGGGCGUGGCCCUCAUCGCUCCGCCUAUGUCAUGGCAACAUGUUCCCUGAACUUGUUGUAUUAUCCUUAUGUUGCACUUUUUCUCCAUCGCAGUUCACCAAACUACUGAGGCGUAAGUAAGAAUUGGUCUAAUCACACUCCUGUAGAGCGAGUGAACUACCCUCGUAUUCUGGCCACAUUUCGAACCUACACAGAAACAUAUAAGAAGCAGGUUCAAUCACGAAAUUAAUUGAUCCAAUCAAAUUUUUAAUUGAAACUACUUCAAUCACUAAAAUGCUAAUAUUAAUCACAGUUUUCGAAAAAUGUGAUGUAGAAAACAUUUCAUUUAAAAAAAUUAAUUGGGAAUUUCAAAAAUUAUUGAACAUUUUUGAAAUUUCCAAUUAAUUUUUAAAUUGAUUCAAUUAAAAAUAUUAUAUAUUUCCGAAAUAUCUAAUUAGUUUCUUGAGUGAAUUAAAAAUUUAAUUGAAAAUUGCAAAUGUUAUAUUAAAAUAUUUGAGAGAAGCGCGCUGUAUUACACUGAUAGAAAAAUUACGGUACUUUGCCAGUACCGCCUGGUAUUAUUUUGUUCGCGUCAUCGGCAAAGAUUUUUAAUACCAUUUGGUAUCAAUCCAAUACCGGACAAAGGAGGCUAUUAUAGUAUGGUACUGAAAUGAGCACAUGCUUCACAUAUGUAAAACUCCUUGAACACGAAUUUGAGGUUAAAGUUUGGGUUCAUGAUCACUCUUUAUAAACAAACAAAAAUACAGCGGAAAAUAUUGUGCUAGGCACGUUGUGUAAAUAGUGGCCAGAUGGGAUGCCCGAUUGUCGGCAUCCUUCUGUAGUAGCGCCGGAAAUAUUCCAGGUCCGGGUGACUUAAAUGGUUUGAAGCUCCUCAAGGCUUCCUUUACCAUAAAUUACAUUGUGGUAACCUUCGAUCAACCUCAUUAUUAUGGGGAAAUUUCGUUUUUAUUAAAAGCCUCAACAUAUCCUCCAUUGUCUCUGCUCUCAUACCAUGUCGUCUUCUUCAAUUUCAGUUUGGACAUGGGUUUUUGAGAGGAAUUUUUCAUUUUGGCGGCGUUAUUAACGCAAUCGAUCUGUUCGCAGAAAAGCUUCAAGGAGCUUGACUUCGGUUACGCGGCUAUCCCCAAUGCUCACACAUUGAUUAUGUCGAUAUUUUAAAUUCUUGGCCACUUUUUACAGCAUAUCAUACGUUGGUUCUUUAGGUGCGCUUUGGUCCGUGGUCGAUGUUUUGCUUGUCGACGCUGGCGGAAAUGUGAAAGUGAGCCUCCGUCUUCAGGCAGGUGGUCAAUCAGCGUUUCACAUGCAUUUUGACGGGCAAAAAAAUUAUGUUCAGUUAAUUCUAGUACAAAAGCCGAACGCCGGGAAGAACGAAUAACUGACUGGCUCAGUCCUCCGAUAUUUUCCGGAAAUCUGAUGGUCCGUUGAAGUCUAUUUCUGGGUUAAGCGACACUUCCACACUCCCAAAUUGAGUUAACCCACAACAGUAUCGAAUUUAGGCCAGGAACGAAUCUGUGAGCAGGAAUUUGAAACCACUUUGCGUAACAACCAGAGAGCGACCGUUAGAAAAGAAGCUCUCGACGGCGAAGACCCGCUUCUCCUUAUACCAGAGCAUGAUGACAACUGACUAGAGAGAGGAACAAAUUUGGGGACUUCUCCCUCCAGAUGUCCCCCCUCUCGACCCCCUUCCCGCACAACUCACUGCCCGGGAGUUUUAUUUCAAACUAUUGUAGUAACUUUCUUUAGCACACCCUAUAUAACUAACAAAAUGCUUCUUGUGUUAUUAUACCCACCACCGUAGGAUAGGGAGUACAUUCAUUUUAUCAUUCCAUUUGCAACACUUCGAAAUAUCAAUUUCCGACCCUACAAAGUAUAUAUAUUUCGGAUCGUAAGACGAUUUAACGAUGCCCGUGUGUCUGUUCGUCUAUCCGUCUAUUGUAAUCACUCUACAGCCUUCAAAAAUUGAGAUUUUGAGCUGAAAUUUGGUACAGAUACGUCUUUUUUAUGCACGCUGGUUAAGUUCUUGAACGGGCCAAAUCGGACCAUAUAAGGAUAUAACUGCUAUAUAGACCGAUUUUCCGAUAAAGGGUCUAAUGCCCAUAAAUGCUUUAUUUUUCAUCCGAUUUCGGUGAAAUUUUAAGCAGCGAGUUGUUUUAGGCCUCCCGCAAUCUAAGCCAAAUAUGGUCCAUAUCGGAAUAUAUUUAUAUACUGCUGCCAUAUAUACCGAUCUGCCGAUAAAGGGUCUGAAGCCCGUUAAAGCUUUAUUUAUUACCCGAUUUCGCUGAAAUUUGAAACAGUGAGUGGUCUUAGGCCUCCCGACAUCUGAUCUAAAUAUGGACUAUAUUUAGGUAUAGCUGCCAUAUAGACCGAUCUCCAGGUAUGAGUCUAAAGCCCAUAAAAGCUUUACUUUUUUACCGAUUUCGUUGAAAUUUGAAACAUUGAGUAGUUUUAGACCUCCUAACAUAGGACCCAAAUAUGAUUCAGAUCGGACUAUAUUUAGAUAUAGCUGCCAUACACACCGAUAUCCCGAUAGAGGGUCUGAAGCAAAUAAAAGCUUUAUUUUUUAUCCGAUUUCGCUAAAAUUUUAAACAGUUAGUAGUUUUAGGCCACCCGCCAUCCAACCCAAAUAUGGUAAAGAUCGAGCUUUAUUUAGAUAUAGCUGUCAUAUAGACAGAUGUGCCGAUUAAGGGUCUGAAGCUCAUAAAAUCUUUAUUUAUUACCCUAUUUGUUGCAAUUUGAAAUACAAAAUUCAACAGUGACUUAUAUUUAUAAGACCACUAAAUAUCCGUGUCGAAUUUGGGUUAUCCACUUUACACCGGAUUGUGACGAAAGGGGGUUUUCAUAAAUAUCCGAGGUGGUGGGAAUCCAAAGUUCGGCCCGGCCGAACUUAAUGUCUUUUUACUUGUUCUCAAUGUUUUUAGAUCUACUUUACUGGCCACCACAUGAGUGGCCCGUAUGUUAGUAUAGUCCUACUUAUAUAUAAAGUGGCCGUUAACUUCAGCUCACUGAACUAGAUUAGACAUUUAGUUCACUAGUUUUGUCAGUUCGCCAAUCUCUUUAACGUUUCACCAGCAACUGUUGCCACCAAUUAAUAGUAAAAUAUCCUCCGUAACAACAAAAUAUUGAAACAAGAAUAUAAAGGAAUUAAAACGACAGGAUAUGAUUGUUAAGCUGUCUGAAGUUAUAAACAAAAAGGCCAAAAAUAAUUUUCUUCGUUCAUUUAAAUGAUAUGUUUAAUGGAACAAAUUUUUCCCUCACUAUAGAACUCUAGAUGGAUUCUAUUUGUACUUUAUCAGCCAAUGUUGUGAUGUAUGUGUUUUAAAGAUUGUUUAAAAGGGGCAAUUUCUUUUCUUCAGCUGAUCAGAACAUCUCUGCAUCUCAUACCACUCUUGUGGUCAUAAGCUCGAUUAACCUCCAUUACGCUAAUUAUCAUAAAGAUUGAAUGUUUUCCAGUGACCGCUUGGCUGUAAUACACCAGGAUGGUCAAAUAUUUCAAAUACUUUCCAUAGUUUAAGUUCCAGCCUAGGAUUAACUAAGUAUGCCAAAACACACUUAAAAAAGUUGCCAAUUUAUAAACGAUAUACAUAUUUAUAAUUUAAAAAAACGAGCUUUUUUUAAUAAGUUAUUCUCAAUACUCUUUUUUUAUUAGAAACAUUUUUCUAAAAAUAAUCUACAUAGAAGAGCUUUGCACACAACUUCCAUUAUUAAGUAGUGAACCAGCAUUUAUACAAAUUAUCCUGAAGAAAAUUUCCAAUUAAGUAACAAGACAUAACAAAUUUUGUUACUAAAUGAAAAUUUAUGUUGAAAUAAAAGAGAAUACUGUAGAAAAUCCAUAUCUUUAUAAACUAAAAAAAAAGAACACAAUAAACCUAACACUGACAGCAAAAGGAAAAGAAAAAAAUAAAUCUGAAUGUAAGUAUGUACUUCCGAUAUAUAAAAAACAUACUUAAAAUAAUUACAAAAAAAAAAAACUCGCAGCGAAUGACAGCUAUGUAUAUCGUUUUUUUUUUUUUUCUUAUAUAUUUAUAUUUUUCAAAUUUAUUGUUUAUUAUGUUAUUGUAAAAUUUUUAAAAACUAUAAACACUGACAAAACCAAUUUUGUACAUAAAACAAAGCUUUUUUCUCUCCUUCUUCGUAUUGUAGUUAUUAUAGAAAUCAAUUUAUUAUUAAUUUAAGCCGAAAUCAAGAAAACAAAAACAACCAACUCGCAAACAAGCAUUACAAACAUUCAUAUGUAAUUUUUUUUUUAAAUUUUGGUCAUUAUUAAAAAAUUGUACGCAUUCUUCUUUGUCAUUUAACAUUUUUUUCUUCCACAUCCGCAUUUCAAAAAAAAAGACAGUUUUGAUGGAAAAUGUGUGUAUGAAAAUUUUACACCAUUAUAUAGUUACGU